UAUAUGCGUAAUUGUCUGAUUAGUCGCUUCUGUCAGUUCUGUCUGACAGAUAUUUUAUAACAAUUCGCAAAAAUGUUUUUGGAAAUAGGUUCCCUCAUUUUUGCAACGCUGCUCUUCCUCUGGAUCUACCUGAGCCAGAAAAGACCAGCAAAUUUUCCUCCAGGUCCAAUGGGAAUCCCGAUCUUUGGUUAUCUGCCCUUCCUUGGAGCUACGCCACACAAGAAACUGGGUGAAAUUGGGACUAAAUGGGGUCCCAUUUUUAGCCUUUAUUAUGGAUCAUAUCCAAUCGUGGUUCUGAAUACGCUCCCCAUGAUAAAGGACGCCCUUCGACGUGACACAUUCUCCGGACGGCCGAAUCACUUACUUGCUAUGAAAUUAUCUCGAGAUGGGAUAACAUUUAACGACGGUCCUGCCGGCUACGAACAGCGUCGCUUCACCCUGAAAACUUUGAGAGACCUUGGCUUUGGGAAGCAAUCGAUGGAGAAACUCGUAGAGGAAGAGGUGCAUGAGUUGGUCGACUAUUUCGGGAAGAACACGAACAAACCGAUCGAAUUAAAACACAUUUUUGGCCUCUUUGUCAUCAACGCGCUCUGGUCGAUUCUCGUGGGUGAUAAAUUUUCCGUUAACGAUGUCAGGAUUCAGGAACUUUACAGGAUGUGUAUCGAGGGAUUCAUCGACCCCGAAGUGGCAGGAAGCUUGUGGUUCUUGCCCUGGUUGGCGAAACUCAUGCCGUCCUCAUCUGGAUAUAACUCCGUCGUCGAGGUGGUGGCCGAGUUGAAGGACCUUUUUCGUGGUGUCGUAGAAGAACACAAGGCCACCUUCGUUCCCAACGUUUUCCGCGACUUUGUUGACGUUUAUCUUGCCAAGAUUAGAGAGACCGAGGACACAGAGUCCAGCUUUUAUGGGGAAGUGGGAGAAAAUAACCUGCUGCACGUCCUCAUAGAUCUCUUCACGGCAGGGUCAGACACGCUAAAUUCCUCCCUGAACUUUGCCCUCCUUUACCUCUGCUCCCACCCGGAGGCCAUGACCCGCAUCCAAACCGAAAUUGACGCCACUUGCGGCCGUUCUCGUCUCCCCACUACGUCCGACCGAAAAGAAAUGCCUUACACGGAAGCCGUCAUUUCCGAAGUCCUCCGCCUUUCGUCCAUCGUCGUGGGGGCUAUUCUUCACUCCACCACGGAGGAAGUGACCCUUGCCGGCUACACUCUUCCCGCAGGAUGUAUCGUCAUGCCAAAUUUGUACGCAGUUCAUCACGACCCACAAGUAUUUCCGGAUCCGGACAGUUUUAAACCGGAACGAUUCCUCGCCACGUCUUCUGGGACGUCUACGUUUGUAAAGAAUGAGAACGUGGUGCCCUUCUCGGUGGGAAAACGCGUCUGUUUGGCCGAAGUCAUGGCGCAGACUGAGUUUUUCCUCUUUCUCGCCGGACUGUUGCAAAGGUUCAACUUUAAAUUUGCUGACCCAAGUAAUCCCCCGGAUUUCAGGAAUGAUGUCAAACCCGGACUCGUCUUGUGUCCGAAACCGUUCUGGGUCAUUGUGGAGGAAAGGCUGUGAAUAUUUUGAGAUGAAGAAUAAGAUAAAAUGUGUUUUUUCUCGUGGUUUUUAAUGUGGUUUUUAAUUCCGUGACGGAUCAAUUAAAUUUAUUGAAUCGAUAUCACAAUUAAUUUUUUGAAAUUUUUGAAAUGACUGAAAUGGUUAUUUAUAUAUUUAUUUAUAAGAUGCGAAAACUUCUUUUUGGUUAAUAAAUAGAGAAGCUCAUUUA